AUGGUUCAAGGUGAACUCACCCGCGAGCAAGUGGCCUCCGUCCAGAAGCAGUCAGACUAUGCAAUCAAGCCCGAAGAUGUACAGCCUAAGCUCGACACAUCCCAGUGGCCUCUCCUUCUUAAAAAUUACGACAAACUCCUCGUCCGGUCCAGUCACUUUACACCGAUUUCCUCAGGCAACUCUCCCCUCCGCCGAGACCUGCAAUCUUAUGUGAAAUCAGGGGUUAUUAACCUCGACAAACCAUCCAACCCUUCCUCGCAUGAGGUUGUUGCUUGGUUGCGCCGCAUAUUGCGCGUGGAGAAAACAGGCCACAGCGGUACGCUCGAUCCGAAAGUUACCGGCUGUCUUAUUGUUUGCAUCGAUCGUGCUACUCGUCUCGUCAAGUCGCAGCAAGGAGCAGGAAAGGAGUACGUAUGCGUACUCAGGCUUCACUCGUCUCUUCCCGAUCCUACCGCUCUGCCCCGCUCCCUUCAAACAUUGAGUGGUGCUCUCUUCCAGCGCCCUCCAUUGAUUUCAGCUGUGAAGCGUCAGCUUCGCAUCCGCACCAUAUACGAAUCAAAGCUCCUUGAAUUUGAUGAAAAGAGGAACUUAGCUGUUUUCUGGGUAUCCUGCGAGGCGGGCACAUAUAUUCGGACGCUUUGUGUCCAUCUUGGUCUUCUGUUGGGUGUUGGCGGCCACAUGCAGGAACUGCGGAGAGUACGUAGCGGUGCAAUGUCGGAAAAUGACGACAUCGUCACCAUGCACGACGUGUUGGAUGCGCAGUGGACUUAUGACAAUACCCGCGACGAGUCGUACCUUCGCCGCGUCAUACGGCCACUCGAAAGCCUCUUGGUCGGGUAUAAGCGGAUUGUGGUUAAAGACAGUGCCGUUAAUGCCGUUUGCUACGGUGCCAAACUCAUGAUACCUGGCCUUUUGCGCUACGAGGCAGACAUAUCGGUGAAUGAUGAAGUGGUGCUUAUGACCACAAAAGGUGAGGCCAUUGCUUUGGCCAUCGCGCAAAUGACCACCGUGGAGCUUGCGACGUGCGAUCAUGGUGUAGUUGCUAAAGUAAAACGUUGCAUCAUGGAGCGGGAUACAUACCCCCGACGUUGGGGCUUGGGUCCGAUGGCCAUCCAGAAGAAGAAGAUGGUCAAAGACGGCAAGCUCGGCAAGCACGGCGAAAAAAUUGAAGGAGUCACUCCUGCUGAGUGGAGUCGAGAUUAUGUCGACUACAACCGCGAGCAACCUGUCGCAUCCACAUCUGCACCGACUGUGGUCACAGAGACUACAGUGUCCAUCACCGAGGUGGAGACGGCGUCAACGAAGAAAGACGAGAAAGAGAAAAAGCGCAAGAGAAAAUCCGAGGUAGUCGACACGCUGAUCGCUGACGUUUCGAUGGUCUCGGAAGCACCUGCAGGAGAGACUGAGGAAGAAAAGGCUGAACGCAAAAAACGCAAGAAGGAGAAGAAGGAGAAGAAGGAGAAGCGUGAAGCUGAAACGGUAGAUGAUGAUGAUGCGCGGAGAGAAAGAAAGCGGCUCAAGAAGGAGCAGAAGGCACGGGAAUCAUUAGCUGCUGCAGACGGUGAAGAUUCUGAUUCGUAA